UGACAUCACAGGCGCUGACGAUCCAGGGAGAAACUCGAGCUCCUCUCCGUAGUGUGUGUGUGGAGACCAGCAAAGAGCAAGCUGACAAAAAAAAUAAAAAAAAUAACAAUAAACUUUCCUCCGGAUCGCAUCACCGGGCGUCGCGGCGUAUUCCUCCCGGUAAACACGAGCCGAAGCGGAGCUCUUUCUGCACGAGCACAGCUCGGGUUUGUAAUUCUUCAGCACUCAGCGCAGUUUCCGGAAAUAUCGUUACCACUGUUUUUUGGGGUGAAGAUUUUUGCUCUGCAUCUGCUGGGAUUUUUUUUUUUUCGCUGUUCCCGACGUGUUUGUUCGUGAUAAUUUACUGUCGACCUGUUCAUCUUCACUCGUCCUGCAGCCACAACCGCAACGCGGAGACACAUUGAUCACCAGGAUGAAAUCUUCGCUUGCAGAGAGAAGAAGUUGAGCUCUGGGCUCGAGUUCAACGGGGCCACUUCCUGAUGAUGACAGUAAAUAUGGAUGACGGUCUCCAAAAUGGACCGGGACCGCACAGGAACUCGCAAGAUGACGAGGAGGCGCUGAACUCCAUCAUGAAGGACCUGGCGGCCCUGGGCCGCUGCUUCACCCAGCAACACGGCCACAAGCCCAAGAACAGGAGCGUCCUCUACAAACAGGAUUUAAGAGUCAAGCUGGAGCACGAGAGAGAAAAACGGAUCAUCCCGUUUCAGAGGCCGCUGAAGAUCAAGGAGCUGCUGCAGAAAGUGACUGAGGCCUUCGGCCAACAGAUGGACAUGUUCUUCAUGGAAAAAGAGUUGCCGCUGCCCCUGAAGACCCAGGAGGACCUGGAUCAGGCGGUGCUGACGCUGGGCUGCAGCUCGGGGACCAACGGGCUGCUCAGGAUACUGCUGAAGACGUCUAAGAACAACCAUUACCUGCAGGUGAACAGCAGGGACAAACAGAGCGAGAUGAAGUCAUCGCGGUCACUCGGGGAUCUGAAGGGCUCCCUGCUCAAGGGCUCGGAAAGGGUGCGCAAACACUCGACAGGUUCCCUGCACACGGGCCGGACGUCCCCGCCCCCCGGCAGCGUCCCCGAGGAGCAGCAGCAGAUUGCCCGCCAGGGCUCCUACACCAGCAUCCACAGUGAGGGGGAGUUCAUCCCCGAGAACAUGCUGGAUCCUUUCGGGAGCGCGGACAACUCACUGUCGAGCAGCUGUCAAUCAAUAGAUCAAGCGCUGGACAGUCCCCCCUUCUCGCAGAAUAACCGUGACAAUAAUUACCUGAACCUCAACUACGAAUACAAAGGUCGCCACGGGAAAGGAGGGACUUUCCCUCGCCAGUUCCAGUUGCCCAAUCGCAGCAAGGAUUACGGAGACCGUCGCAGGACGCUUCCGCGUAGCUUCAUGCCGCAGGAGAACCUGUUUCAGCUGGUUCCGUCUAGUCGCACGCGCAGUUAUAACGGCGACAGCACGCUGCAGUACAGCGACCUGCGCUCGCUGGGCCGCACCGCCGACAAGAGCUGCCAGCGCGGCACAGCCAAGUCGCCGCGGGCGCCGGUCAACUGGCGACAAGGAAAGCUGCUGGGGCGCGGCGCGUUCGGGGAAGUCUACCUCUGCUACGACGUGGACACGGGCCGCGAGCUGGCCGCCAAGCAGGUGCCCUUCGAUGCAGACUGUCAAGAAACCAGCAAGGAGGUGAACGCUUUGGAGUGUGAGAUUCAGCUGCUGAAGAAUCUGCGCCACGAGCGGAUUGUUCAGUACUACGGUUGCCUUCGGGACCCCGAACAGAAGAAACUCACCAUUUUUGUGGAGUUUAUGCCCGGGGGCUCAAUAAAGGACCAGCUGAAAGCCUAUGGGGCCCUGACAGAGAAGGUAACAAGGAGAUACACCAGGCAGAUCCUCCAAGGAGUCUCCUACCUGCACAGCAACAUGAUUGUACACAGAGACGUGAAAGGUGCAAACAUCUUGAGAGACUCCUCGGGGAACGUGAAGCUGGGAGACUUUGGAGCCAGCAAACGAAUCCAGACCAUCUGCAUGUCUGGUACGGGAAUCAAGUCUGUCACUGGCACCCCCUACUGGAUGAGCCCGGAAGUGAUCAACGGGGAGGGCUACGGCCGCAAGGCUGAUGUAUGGAGCGUCGCCUGCACUGUCGUGGAAAUGUUGACUCAGAAACCUCCGUGGGCCGAGUACGAGGCCAUGGCGGCCAUUUUUAAGAUUGCCACCCAGCCUACGAAGCCCAUUCUUCCAGAGGGCGUGUCCGACGCCGGCAGGGACUUCCUGCGGCAGGUGUUUGUGGAGGAGAAGUGGCGGCCCACCGCAGACGCGCUGCUCAGCCACCCGUUCGUCCAGGGCAGCUUCUGAGGCCUGCCGACCCCCACCCCCCUCUUUUCCCCCCUCCCCUGCCCGUGAGGCAGCUCGCCUGCCCGCUCCAUCCCCAGGGCACCCCGCCUCUCCUCCCCCUCCUCCUCCUCAUACUACUCGGCUCCUCUCCUCAGCAUCACUGUAACUUCCUGUCCGGCCACUAUCGCCAAC